AUGGCCGAGGAGAAGCACCGCAUGCUCUAUCAGGGCCAGGACUCUUCGCAGGACCUCUCCCAGCAUCCUCUGCAGACCCACCUACUGAAUCCGCCCCAGCGGUCGCUCUCCUACUCGCCCUCGGAGCCGCCCACCUACGAGGACGCCAUCGCCCCGCCGCAGGUGCUCGAGAGCUUCGGCUACACGCCGGACCGCCGCAGGACCUUCUACGCGGAGCCGCAGCACAUUUGGAGCCGGAUGGCCGAGCUGGCCGUGGAGGAGAUGCCCUUCAGCGAGGCCCUGGCCCAGCUGCAGACCAUUCCCGAGCAGGACGAGGAGCCGCCCGCCCUGCCGCCCAGGACGAUUCCCCCCGGCCAUCCGCCGCGUCUGCCCAUGCCGGAGGUGCGAGAUUUCUUCGCCCUGACUCCGCAGCCGAGGCUGGGCGCCCAGGCGGUGGACAUCAUGUGUCCUGCCUGCGGCGAUACGAUCAUCACGAAGGUGCGGAGGACUCCCAACUCGCGGACCAAUGCCCUGGCCGGCUGGCUCUGCACUUUCGGCUGGUGCUGCUGCGCCUGUGUGUGUCCCUACUUUCUCAACUGCUGCCGGACGACGAGCCACUACUGCCCCACCUGCAAGGUCUUCCUGGGCGCCCACUACCCCCAGGACCGCUGUCGCCACUAGGCAUCGGAUGGGUCUGAAACCUGGCGCGUCUGCCCCGUGUAUGUGUAAAUAAAUCCUCUCGAUACUGGUUCUGA